GUGCUUCCGCCUUGUUAGCUCAGCAGACUGUGGUGUUCUUUAUAUCACACGCCACAAACAUCUCUCCGUCGUGCUGACUAACAACAAGCCAUGUGGACACCAAAGGCUCCCAGCCUCGCCGACGACUUGCAAUAUUGAGACGUGCUCGUCCGAGGCCACGCCAGCACCGAGAGACGCUAAUGUCAACAACGCGGCCUCCGCUCGGCAUGAAGCGAGUCCCCGAGCUCGCCUGCGCGGCGCCGCCCGACCACAGGCGGCCUUCCUCGGCCAAGGCCGUGGACGAGUUCACGGUCCCGGAGGACAAAGAGGACGAGCUGAAGUUCGCCCGUCCUCGCGUGGAGCGGGUCUUCAAAGUGGCCUUCACCAUCAUCGGGCUGCUGGACCACACCGGGCAAGCCCACGGGAGCACGGCCGCGCGGCAGAUAUGGUUGAAGCUCGGAGGAAAUACCGACGACGUUUCCAAAGCAAAGGAGUACGUCCGGGGACUGUGUGACCCAGAACUGAAGAAAGAAGAGCGGUACCCAGUGGACAUGCACUGUAUCUUUGCUGGAGCCCGGGGCCUCUUUUUAGACAGACUCAUGCGGGACACAAGUGCGGAGGUUUUGGUCACUGAGCCGGGACGCCUGCGGUUGUUGGGCCGCGCUGAGCCUGUAGUCAUGGCGCAGAGCAGAGUUCAGCAGUUUGUUGCACUUUUCCAGGAGAAACGGAGUCUACUCAGUGACCGAGAGCAAGGGGUGAAACGGGCGUUCAAGUCCUUUGUUGAAGAACGCGAUGAUAAGUACACCAUGGAGCUUCUUCUGCUGCCCAGUGCCCUGAAAGAAGAGUUAUUAGGAUUGGUUCACAGUCCUACCAGCUCAAAUACACACUCUCUGGCUCAUCUGAACCAGAACCUUCACCCGAGUAUUGCGGAGAUCGACCAAGACCGCUCACAGAGUAGCACCCCCGUGACGGAGCUCUCCAUCCGUAUCCUCGACACCAGCUUUGAGGACAGAGGAACAAAGACUUUUGGCGAGGGUGCGGCGAAAGCGGUGUUAGCGACAGCCGCAACAGCAGGGGGCGGCACUGGUUUGGGUCCGGAAGCCGUUCUGCUGAAUGGCACCAGGCCUUCGCACAAGCGGCGCUUUUCUGAGAGCGAACCUCGGGACACAAAGAGACAGUACUCUCUGGAGCGAAGAGACGAGUCUCCUGAGCGGUCGAGGGACAGGGAGCGACACCGGGACAGGGAAUACCACGGUGGCAGUAGUAGCAGUCGAUCCAAAACACCGUCUGCUUCAUCGACACUGUACUCCUCUUCUUCGGCUAAAGCAAACACUGUCGCUGGCGCCGUCAUGCUGGACCCGAGUGAGGGUAUCGCAGAUGACAAUGAGGCGGUCAGCCCGGAAACCAACCUGCGGUGCUUGGUCAAUUUCUUUAGAACCAUGGGUUACCAGGAGGAAGUUGUGGAGCGUGUCAUCAGGAAGACGGGACAGCUGGAAGACACCUUCCUCAUUCUUGAGAAAAUCGUGGCCGAAACAAAGAUUUGCGAGGAGAGAAUGAAAAGGGGAACAAAAGACACUAAACUGAACAAUGGGCGCCCCACUGACCUUCCCUCGGCCUCCUCCACGUUACCCUCCUCCUCGGUAGUGAAGGAACGGGAGCCGGGCAGGUCCAAAGAGAACAUUAAACCCAGCCAGCAUGGAGCCAGCAGUAACGGCUUAGGCCAUCGGAGGCAGUGCAGUGGAAGCGAGACCAGCACUCAACAGGCCAUCACCAUCAAGAGGAGCGCUAGUGCCCAAGGAGGAGCUGGCAGCUACGAGGUCAUUACCAUUGAUGAUGACGACGACGUCGCCGUCACCAGUAUCAAAACAGCAGACGGUCGAACAUCCAAAGUGACAAUGGCGCACGCUGACACUCAGACUGGAUCCAGAACGGACUACUUAGCCAGGGGAGGGGGCAGCAUGUCGCAGAGGGAUCCCCUGUCAAGAAGCGGGACUCAGACUUUGGGCGGAUCGAUGAAAGUUGAGAGCGUAACAGCAUUGCGCAGCUCGUCCCAGUGGCUGGCGGCCAGCACCACCUCUGUGGCGUCCACCCCAAAUUCAUCUCUCACCGCGGGCCGGCCUUCGCUGUAUCAGACGAUCGGUCACGUGGGAUUCCAAAACAACGGAGCGAGGAACCCUUCUACAAACAAUUCCCAGGCCCCACCGGUGACCGGCUUGGCUCGUUUCCACCAAUCCUUAAAAACUCCUUACACACUGAAAUUACCCAACGAGCCGGGACGAUCGGAGCUCCGUCAUAUCAUCAUAGACGGCAGCAAUGUGGCUAUGGCGCACGGCCUGAAUCGGUUCUUCUCCUGUCGAGGGAUAGCGCUUGCAGUGGAAACCUUUUGGAGGCGGGGCCACAGGGAGAUCACUGUAUUUGUUCCUCAGUGGCGCCAGAAGAGGGACCAAUACACAACAGAACAACAUUUUUUAAAUCAACUAGAAGACCUGAGGCUCCUCUCCUUCACCCCCUCAAGAGAGGUCUGUGGCCAAAGGAUAGCUUCACAUGACGACAGAUUCCUGCUCCAUUUAGCAGAAAAAACAGAGGGGAUCAUCGUAACCAAUGACAACCUGAGAGACUUUGUCAACUCUUCUGACACCUGGCGCAGGAUCAUUGUGGAGAGGUUACUGCAGUUUACUUUUGUGGAGGACCAUUUCAUGAUCCCUGACGAUCCUCUGGGGAGAAACGGACCUCAUCUGGACUCCUUCCUUCGUAAAAACCGACAAUUCUCCUUCACGCAUCCCCCACCAAGACCGCCAGACCUGCGUCCGUCUUCCCAUCAGCAGCAGCCGCCGCCACUCUACGUCCAGGCCCUCCACUCCGCCCCGUGGACCCCGACAGUCGCGCCACAGCCACCAUCUUCCCUGAUGCCCCACCCGGGGCGCCGCAACGCCUCCUCCUCCUCCUCCCCCUCGCCCUCCCCCUCGCCGCCUCCACAGCGCUCGGCGGGCGAGACGUCGGAGCUGAGAAGGCAGCUGUGCGACAUCUUCCCCGACCAGCAGCAGCAGAUUGACCGCAUCCUCAGCGAGAACCCGUACAUGAGAGACCUGAACGCCCUGUCCGGGCUGCUGCUGGGAUGAUUAAACCCCCCGGAGAGUCUCACAUUUCACUUUGUACGGAUGUCAUUCAGUUCUCUUUGGGUCAACACUUCCAAAAAAAUAUUUUUAAUUCCGUUUUUUUUUUUCUAUGGCUCCUUUUCAGUUUGUCCAAGCAACACCCAAUGAGGGGUGUAGUGUUAAAAAAAAAAAAAACACACCUGUUGUACCUAACUCAUGUCAAACAAAGACAACACAAAUUGUUUAGUCAGGUGUGGAAUAUUCCAGUUUUUGUGGGUGAAGACUGGACAGUCAAUGCACAAAAAUAUCAUAUUUGAGUCUUCUAAAAAAAAAAAAAAAACAUGCAGGGAAAUUGUGGAAUCGCUUUUUUUUUUGUAUACCUGUUGCUGAAUUUAAAGCAACAUUGCACAUUUGUAUCCCCUUCAAAAUGUAUAUUUGGACUUUGACGUGAUGCUUUCUACACUACAAGGACACCUUAUCAUGGAAGGGACUACUGAUGUAGUCGCCGUGCAUCAGUUGCGUUUGCAGCCUUAACUGUCGGAGCGGCAUCGUUAUUUUGCUGGGCGGUGACAUAUUUCUCUUGUAUACAUGUUCAAAAGUUUGGACACACCUCAUUCAAUGCAUUUUUUAUUUUUAUGAAUUUUUUAACUAUUCACGUUGUAGAUUGUCACAUCAAAACUAUGAAUGAACACAUGUGGAGUCAUGUACUUAACAAAAAAAGGUGAAAUAACAACAAAAAAAGGUGAAAUAACUGAAAACAUAGCCCCCUUAUGAUCUGAUUAAUGCUUUGCACACUCUUGGCAUUCUCUGGAUGAGCUUCAAGAGGUAGUCACCUGAAGUUGGUUUUCACUUCGCAGUUGUGCCUUAUCAGGAUUGAUGAGUGGAAUUUGUUGCUUUACCAAUGGGGUUGGAUCCAUCAGUUGAGAAAGUGUGUGUGGUGGGCGUGGCCUGCGGACCAGCAGCAAAGCGGGGUGUGGCGGGGAGUGUUAGUCUAAUCACCCGUCGCUCUGUUAAAGGCAGCAGUUGCUAUUGGGGGGGGCAGGGCAUGUAGAGAGAGAGACAAAUUGACGGACAAGAUCCAAAAGACAAUUUGCAAAUUGUGGAAGUCUAGUGCUUCCGAGUUCUCUGGACCAGCCACCACGAACAUGACAGCCGAGCACACGAGUGGUUUUUCCUGUUGCUUUUCAACAGACUUCUUUUGGAUCUUGUCCGUCAAUUUCGCCCUCGACAUGCUCUGCCAUCCACCAACAACGAACAUCAACCCCCCUCCCGACUGCUGCCUUUAGCAGAGCCACAGGUGAUUAGACAAACACUCUCAGCUGUGUCAUUUACGCACCUGUCGCUAAUCUCAAAACCGGCUCCACCACACCCCACUUUGCUGCUGGUCCGCAGGCCACGCCCGCCACAAUGUGUCCAAACGUUUGGCUUGUGCUGUAUGUAUACAGUCGUGGUCAAAAGUUUGCAUACGACUUGUAAAGAACAUCUCAUGGCUGUCUCAAGUUUCCAAUCGUUUCUGCAACUCAUAUUUUUUUUUGUAAUAGAGUGAUUGGAGCACAUACUUGUUAGUCACAAAGAAAAAAACUUUUUUGAGGUUCUAUCGCUGAGUUUCAAGCACACUUGUGAAGGGAAAAUUACCUCUUGAAGCCCAUGUAGAGAAAUGCCAAGAGUGCGAAAAAGUAAUCGGAGCAAAGGGUGGCUAUUUUGAAGAAACUUACAAAAAAAAAAUUGUAAAGUUCUCUCGAUGAGCUUCAA